UGAAGUAAGGAGCGUUGGAUGUGGGGUUAGCAGCCCCGUCUUUAAAACCAGGAUCUGCGAAGAUUCUGAGAGAUAAUUCCUGAGAGAAUAAAGAUCUUCGCAUGACGACUUGAAUGAAUGGUCCGAGACGGACGUCUCUGCCGAGCUGCACCCCAGAAGAGGUCAUCGGUUUAACUUAGUAAUUACUUUUUGCAGCUAAGGAAACCAACACUUUAAAUCAAAACUUUUAAAUUUGGAGGGCUAGCUAAAGGGUUCACUUCCAUCUAGUACGGAACCAGAUAGCAAAUGAUAUCUGGAGUCUAAUGAAUAAUAAGUACGCUGGGGGGGGGGGGGGGAGAGAAAACGAAGAAAGACUUGAUUUCCCCCAUCACAGUGAUUUCAACUCACUAAACACCAACCAUUUCUCCAAAGGACAGCAUAAAAUCUGGAACUGCGAUUAGGGACUUUUGAAUAAAGGAGACAAACUCUGGAUUUAAAUUACUAAGUCUCACUUUAACGUCCACAGACUCCAAACCUGGCUUUUACUGUUUGUCAUGAACUGUUAAUUUAAACCGGUAUAAUGAGCGAUCAAGAACUGAAGGCGGAGGCUCCAGCAGGGACUUCCCCUUCCGGCUGGGGCAGGUUCGGCGUCGUUAGUAAUUGGGGCCUGCCAGCUCCAUGUGGUGUGGUUGGGCCGGGCCCCGUAAUCUCCGGUGGAGUUUCGGCAGCAGGGAGUGAGUGUUCAGGGGAGGCGGACGUAUACAAACGCAGAGGCUCCACGGACAUCUUCAUUGUGGAGUUUUUAAAACGGACAAAAAUGUCAUCUGUUAUGUUGAACGAAGCUGCCAGGUGUCUGAGGAGGAGUCUGCGGUGGUUUUCAAGGUUACUGUUCGUUCGUCAUUGCAGCUACAAAAGGAAAAUGUCCCCUGACGGAGCAUCAGUCAAACUCUACUCCACGGUUAAAUCUGAGAAGGCAUCAAAGUCAAAUAAGAGCCACAAACCUGACUUCAAUAAGUCAGAACUGGAUGUUAAAGGUAAUGCAGAGAGAUUAACUGAGUUCCCGGAGAGCUUCCAAAAGCCUGCUGCAGAUGGAAUGGUAAAGAGGCCAGGAAUCAAUCUUUCCACUAGAACUUCAGGAAGACAAAAUCAUGCCAAUUUGACUCAGUGGUUUCAAAACCCUUCCAAAUGGCCAAACUCAAAACCUUGUCAGAUCCGUAAAUCAGAAUUUCAGAACCUUAGAGACGACGAUUUUAAAAAACAAAAUUUGCUAAAGACCUCCCGACCUUUGGUCAGGGAGGCAGGCUCGGAAAUACUAUUUGGUGUGGCGCCGUGCAGCCUAGCCCUUUCCCAAUUACGCAGAAAGAUUUUCAGGCUGUUUGUUAAGGAAAAUCGAACACAGAGAACUGAAAUGCAGGGAAUCUAUCAGCGAGCCAGAGAGACUAGUGUGCCAGUACAUCAGGUGACGAGAAAGGAGCUUGACAGGUUGUGUGAGGGUCGAGUUCACCAAGGCAUUUGUCUUGAGGUGACACCACUAGAUUAUGUGAACUAUGAUCAAUGCUAUUCAGCAGCUAUUGAUGUUUCUGAACUUGAAGGCAGCAACAAACCAGUGUUGUGGCUGGCACUGGAAGGAAUCCAGGAUCCCAUGAAUAUGGGAGCUCUGCUUCGCUCAGCAUAUUACCUCGGAACAGAUCUUGUUCUAGUAAGUCAGCCUAACAGUUGCCCUCUAACACCAACUGUGAGCAAAGCUAGUGCUGGAGUUGUAGAAGUUAUGACACUUUAUUGCACACACAGCUUGCCUCAAGUGCUCAAGGCAAAAGCAGCCAAAGGGUGGAAAAUAGUAGGAACUAUUGGAAAUUCUACAGAAGGCACCCGCGUACCAGUCAUCCCUUGUACUGAGUUCCAGUGGAGUGAACGGACCAUUCUUCUUCUAGUGUUAUAACACAGGGUUUGAAAUAACCAUUUUUCCCUGUCCAAGUAACUGAAGCACUGCUGAUACAUCAGUUUAACACCAAAAAAGUGCUAAAUGAUCUGUGUCGUCUUUCAGAGAGGCAUUGAACCGAGAGCUUGCCUGCCUUGUUGUUGGGAAAGCUUCCCACAUACUAUCUAGAAAAAAUAAGGGGAGUUAUCUGGAUUCAAACUCAAUAUUUAUUCCUGAACUAAUAUUGUUAAAAUAGGUUAUAUGCUAAUCUAUUUGUAUAAGGCUUCGCUUGCAAUUUAGCUGAACUUGUCUGUAAUACAGCAUUAAUUGCACAUUGGUAGUAAAAUUCUAACAGAAGUGGUUUGAGAUAUCAUAAGGAUGUUAUUUUGAGAACUGUGUAAUCAGAAUCAGGUUUAAUAUCACGGGUAAAUGUCACAAAAUUUGUUAAAUUUGUCGUCGCAGCACAAUGCACUACAUAAUAAUAGAGAAAAAAUUCAGAAUAACGGUAAAUAUAUAUAGUUAAAUAAGUAGUGCAAAAAUUGGGGGGGGGGGAAGAAAAGUAGCGAGGUGGCGUUCAUGGGUUCAAUGUCCAUUCAGAAAUCCGGUGGCAGAAGGGAAGAAGCCGUUCUUCAGUGGCUGAGAGUGUGCCUUCAGGCUUCUGUACCUCCUUCCUGAUGGUAACAGUGAGAAGAGAGCAUGUCCUGGGUGCUGGGGGUCCUUAAUAAUGGAUGGUGCUUCUGUGAGACACUGCUUCUUGAGGAUGUCCUGGAUACUAUGGAGGCUAGUGCCCAUGAUGGAGCUGACUAAUUUUACAAUUUUUCACUAAUUCAAAAAAAAUGCAGAUUUUUAAUCUGAUGAAAAAGUUUUUCUCUGCAGUUGGCUGUGGCUUUUUUGCUUCUAAGUACUAAACUGGUCACAGGGAAUUUUUGUGUCGGUGUUGCAACAUAAACUGAAGAUUGACGUAAAGUUUCUGGAAUUAGAUUCUACUUGGAUAUCCAGGUCCUUGGACAUCAUAUUGUGACUGUCAAAGUUCAAGAGCUCCUCUGUGAACUUUGGCAUCGAUAUUUGUAUCUACAGUUGAAAAAUAAUUUAUAGCAAGUGUAAGGAUUUUGUUUUACUAGUCCUGUGUGUUUGUCCAGGCUUAAGUUCUCUCUGCAGUAUGUUUAGGGUUCACUGUUUAUUUUCGUGCUAUCCUUGCUGUCGGUUUCAGUAGUGGAUUGGAGCAAUUCAUCUUACAUAUUAUCAACUGUGUUUUCC